UCUGUCAUCGCGACAGAUAACAAGUUUCGACCGCCGUUUUUUCGAAAGGCAUGGAAUUUAAUACGAAACAUCGAAAAUUAACCAAAACUAAAAAUUCUGUUCGUACUCCUUCAACCGCGAAACCACGUUUAACCAAAAAGAAGACUGUAACUCGUAAAAGAAAAUGCGUGUGUCUCCCUGAAAAUUACUCGGUAGUAGAGUUCCCAGCUAUUUGGAAUGAGCUGCGACAAAACGGCCAACUGUGCGAUGGAACGAUUGUUUGUAGGGACAUGAAAACUAUACGCGUACACCGGGCGAUACUAUCUGCCGUAAGUCCGUAUUUCAAAGCGAUAUUUAUAAAUUCUUUAAAAAAAGGAGAGAAAGAGGAAACUGAGAUAUUCGUUGAUGUCCCUAGUUAUUACAUGAGUCUUAUCCUUGAUUAUGCAUAUACGGGCACGUGUAUCGUAACCGCAGAGAAUGUAGAAUAUCUUUUGCCUUACGCGGAUCAAUUUGAUGUUGUCGGAGUCAUACAGCUGUGUUGCCAAUUUCUGCUGCAAGAGCUGAGACCGCAUAACUGUCUUGGAAUAUUUAAAUUUGCAAGGUAUUACUUCUGCGGGGAAUUAGAAAAGAAAGGUAAAUUAUAUAUAAGACAGAAUUUUAGCAGAAUACUUAAGGAAUGUAAUGAGUUUAAAUCACUUGCAUACGAUGAGCUCGAAGACAUCCUGAGGGAUGACGAACUCAAUGUUCGGAACGAGGAAAUAGUAUUCCAAGCUGUUAAAACGUGGGUAGAAUAUGAUUUAGAAAACAGAAGAAAAUAUAUUCCAUCGCUAUUGUGCUGUGUGCGGUUCGGUCACAUUAGUUAUAAAUAUUUCAAAUCAAAAAUACUCCAGUGGCAGCCAGUCGUCGAUGAUGCAAAGAAUCAAGAGGCGUUGUAUCCAGCUGUGGUAUUUCAUACACUGUUAGAUUCUCGCCCCGGUACGGAAGCUGACCUAAACGACCCUCUGGCGAGACCACGAAUACCCUACGAGAUACUUUUUGCUGUUGGAGGAUGGAGUGCAGGAAGCCCCACAAGUUUUGUUGAAACAUACGAUACGAGGGCUGACCGUUGGUUCCUCUCCAUCCACAUGGACCUGACGCCUCGGGCGUACCACGGGCUGUGUACCCUCAACAACCUGAUCUACAUGAUCGGCGGCUUCGACGGCAGCGACCACUUCAACACCGUCCGAUGCUAUGACCCGGUGGCCAACACAUGGCACGAGAGGGCUUGUAUGUACCAGGCGAGGUGUUACGUCAGCGUGGUCGUUCAUGAUGGUCUGAUUUACGCGCUGGGUGGGUACAACGGGCGCACUCGCAUGUCCUCUGUGGAGCGCUACUACCCCGACAAGAACCAAUGGGAAAUGACAACGCCGAUGAACAAGCAACGGUCGGACGCCAGCGCAGCUUCCUUGAGUGGCAAGAUUUACAUAGUGGGUGGUUUCAACGGCCAAGAGGUUCUGAGCUCGGCUGAAGUGUUCGACGCAGACACGAAGCAGUGGAGCUUCAUCAGGUCCAUGCUGAGUCCUCGCUCUGGAGUCAGCCUCAUCGCCUACAGGGACUGUCUCUAUGCUCUCGGAGGAUUCAAUGGAUACAGUCGUCUCAAUACUGGAGAAAGAUUCAAUCCUCACCGCGGUGGUGACUGGCAAGAGGUGACAGAGAUGUUCAGCGCUCGCAGUAACUUCGCUACUGUUCUGCUGGAUGACAUGAUCUUCGUUAUCGGAGGCUUUAAUGGGUCGACCACAAUACCUCACGUCGAGUGCUACGACGGAGACACCCUGGAAUGGUAUGACGCUGCUCCAAUGAACCUGAAUCGGUCUGCCCUAAGCGCCUGCGUUCUUUCGGGACUUCCCAACGCGCGCUCUUUCUCCUACCUCGCCAAAGCUGUUCCCGCCGCUGGAGCAGACCAAGCUCACCAUUCAUAGUCCAAAACUAUUCUAAACUUAACCACACCACCCCUUUCCUUCGCUGUUAUUAAACAUCUUUGUUGUAACCGUACGUCUCUGAAGAAAUUUUAGAUACAGUUGAUUGCGAGUGCUGGCCAUUUUGUCGCGGACGUUUUGUUCGAAUUCUCGACUGUGAUAUAAUAAUCAAUUAAUGUACAUAGCGUUUGUGUAUUCUAUUUUUUAAUAUCUAUCAUAAAAUCAUGGUAAUUUAAUUGUAUAGAUCAAUGCCGAUAAACUUUGUACUUUAUUUUUAUAUUAAACAAUGCGUUGUAAAGGGCGAAGCUCUAUUCUGGAUUAUUUUAGAUAAACUUUUAAAGCGAGGGGUUUAUAAAUUCUCAAGUUUUUUUUAUGUAUAGUGUAGUUUGUGAUAAAUUUAUUUUGGUACUUUUGUGUAUAGUUCGCGUCCGGCAAAUCAGGAUGGUCGCGUUUUGGAUGUGUGUACGAUGCGCGGGCGCGUGCGGCCGCGGCGUUGUUGUAUCUGUGAUAUUUUCAAGGAUAAAAUUGCAAAAAAAUGUAAAAUUGAUUUUUAUGAAGAAAAAUUUACUGUACCCGAUUGAAAGAUUGAUAAAUUUACAAAUAA